AUGUUGAAAAUUCUAACAUUCCUCACAUUACUUGUGACAUCUACUGUUUCGAGGUCAACUGAUGAUAUUCCUGAUCUAUUUCUAUUUUUGAUUAGCAAUACACCAGCAGAAUGCAAAGAUCAAACCUACGAGCUGGCAACGAAAUUGAUGAAGACCAAGAAUGAUCUCGAACUAAAGUACGGAAACAUCGAGAUGCUUUACAACAAAGAACUCAUGAAUUCUCUCGUCCAAAAAUUCAAAACAAUAUCUGAUUCUAUCAACUCACCCAACUGCUCUACGAUCAACUUUGUCAAGUAUUUUCUCGAUGGAACAGUAUUUAUUGGUAAUGAAAUUUAUGGAGAAGCAUUUGCUUGUUUAUCUGAAGAAGAUCUUGAGACUAAAUUCACUGAUUGUAACACUGGAAUGGUUCCGAAGGACUCGGAUGUUUUAGAGUACCUGAAACCGGUUUCCUAUUGUGUUACUCAUAAACUGGAAUGCUCACCAGAAGAUCGAAAGCAUUUUAUUUCCGCAGUUUACGCUGGUGCGGAUCUAUUCGAGACGUUCAAUAAUGGUAGAGAAGUACUGAAAAAGAUGGAGAGCAACAAGUUGACACUGAAGUUUUUGCCAGAAAAGUAUGAACAUAUUUUGAAGUGA